GAUUGACAGCAUCGCCAAGAGCCAGGGGCCUUCUCUCGCCAUGAGGAUGAACCUUCACCUCGCAUCCGUGAAAGUGCCGACCAAAGCUGUCGCGAAUCGGAUUGUGAGCAUAUUGAAGGACUUGCGCGAAAGGCGCAACAUGAUGGAGACAGCCACGGCACGACAUCAGCUUCCAGAAUGGAUGAUGUUCACGUCCUUGCCAGUGCUACCACCGGAUCUCCGGCUGCGGAGCCCUAAUCCUGAGAACGUUGAAGAAUUUCCGGAUGACAUGAACAUCAUGUACAAGGACAUCCUGUCUGCCGGGCGAUUGUUCCAGGUGGCACUCGCUGAGAGAGCUCCAGCAGGACUUCUCCGCUACCGCAAGUUCAUGCUCCAGAUGGCAGUCGAUUGCCUUAUCGACAACGGUCGCAUCAAUCCCGCGAAGACGAAGACUUCCGGGGACCCCUUGGAGUCCGUGGCCAAACGGCUGAAGGGCAAGCAAGGACGCAUGCGAAAGAACAUGCUCGGGAAGCGUGUGGACUACUCCGCACGGACGGUCAUUGUUGUUGAGCCCAAACUGAAGCUCGACGAGUGCGGUCUCCCCUUUGAAAUUGCCAAGGAGAUGUACAUGCCCUUCUUGAUGCGCGAGCUCAAAGAGAAAUGUGGGCAGACGGUUUCGUUGUGGGCGACGUCCCAAGGAGGCGAAAGAGAGCGUCUGUUGGAGUGGUUCGACGACCAAAGCGAGGAGACGCAGUACGAGUUGCUCCGGCAAGCCAUGGGAGAUCGGAAAAUCAUUCUGAAUCGAGCUCCAACCCUGCACCGGCUGAGCAUGCAGGCAUUCAAGCCGACGCUCAUACCUGGAAAGGCGUUGAAGAUUCAUCCCUUGGUGUGCUCACCCUUCAACGCCGACUUCGACGGCGAUACCAUGACCAUCCACUUGGUUCUGAGCAAGGAGGCUCAAAAGGAGGCCGAGGAUCUGAUGCUACCAAGCAGGAAUCUCAACUCCCCCGCAAGCGGCGACCCGGUCAUCGGCCCCACGCAGGACAUGGUCCUUGGGCUGUACUACAUGUCGUCCGUAACGGGACCAUUGGAUGGUCCGCUCAAGGUGAUCGACUCUGUGCAGGAACUGGAAGAGCUCACGGCGGAAUGUUCGGCGGGCGAAGUGUCGCACUUGCAGGAGGUUCACGUUCCGAGGGCCAUACUCCAGCAGAUCGCGCCGGAGGACGAGAACGUGGCAGAUGGUCCCGACCGGGAAGACCCAGUAAGGACGACUGCCGGUCGCCUGCAAUUCUUCAUGAUGCUGCACACUGGCAAAGUGUACCCUAUGCGCAGCAACCCCGAGCUCUUAGACCGGCUGGAUGCAGCUCCACUCGUGGAGCCCUGA